UUUUUAAUUUCUUUCUUCUCAGCUCUCAUACGCUUUUUCCUUCCUCUUGGAGAUAUAUUUUCCCUCAUUUCGCGAGUCUUCCUCUUCCUAAGACUCCAGAUUCUAUUCGUGGGAAGAUUCGAAAUUUGAAUCGAGGUUUUUAAAACUCUGAUGUGAUUGGAGGAAGACAGAGAGAUGGAUCGAGCAGCAGCGGUGAGCACAGGACCGAUGGAUAUGCCGAUUAUGCACGACAGUGAUCGAUACGACUUCGUUAAAGAUAUUGGGUCUGGUAACUUUGGAGUAGCUCGUCUCAUGAGAGAUAAAGUCACAAAGGAGCUCGUUGCUGUUAAGUACAUCGAGCGAGGAGACAAGAUUGAUGAGAAUGUUCAGAGGGAAAUAAUAAACCACAGGUCACUCAGGCAUCCUAAUAUUGUCAGAUUUAGAGAGGUCAUUUUAACACCGACUCAUUUGGCUAUUAUAAUGGAAUAUGCUUCUGGUGGUGAACUUUAUGAGCGGAUUUGCAAUGCUGGACGGUUUAGCGAGGACGAGGCUCGAUUCUUCUUUCAGCAGCUUAUAUCUGGAGUCAGCUAUUGUCAUGCCAUGCAAAUUUGCCAUCGUGACCUGAAGCUGGAGAAUACAUUAUUGGACGGAAGUCCUGCACCUCGCUUGAAAAUAUGUGAUUUUGGAUACUCAAAGUCUUCUGUUCUUCACUCGCAACCAAAAUCAACUGUUGGCACUCCUGCUUACAUUGCACCAGAGGUGCUACUUCGUCAAGAAUAUGAUGGCAAGAUAGCAGAUGUAUGGUCGUGCGGUGUAACUUUAUACGUCAUGUUGGUUGGAGCCUAUCCAUUCGAAGAUCCAGACGAGCCUAGAGACUAUCGUAAGACUAUACAGAGAAUCCUUAGCGUUAAAUACGCGAUCCCUGAAGACGUAAGGAUUUCACCUGAAUGCUGUCAUCUCAUUUCAAGAAUCUUCGUUGCUGAUCCCGCUACUAGGAUUAGCAUACCAGAGAUCAAAAACCAUGCUUGGUUCUUGAAGAACCUUCCAGCUGAUCUAAUAGAGGAGAGCAACACGGGAAGCCAGUUUCAAGAGCCUGAACAACCGAUGCAGAGCCUCGACACGAUCAUGCAAAUCAUCUCCGAAGCCACGAUUCCCGCUGUGAGAAACCGUUGUCUAGACGAGUUCAUGACGGACAAUCUUGAUCUUGAUGAUGAUAUGGACGACUUUGAUUCCGAGUCUGAGAUCGAUAUUGAUAGUAGCGGAGAGAUAGUUUAUGCUCUGUGAUAGAAAAAAGAUUGUUCUUUUUGUCUUCUUUAUGACCAAAAGCACACUUCUUCUCCUUAUGCCUUUUCUUCAAAGACCAGUAUGUCUGAUCCUCUGGUUUCUGUUAUUUUUGUAUUGGGCUCAUUGUCUGUUUGUUUGUCUGUCUUUUCUUCUUACAUACACAUAUAUGCAAUGUAAAAUAUCAUUAUCUAUAUAUAAAUAUAUAUUUUCCAA